CCCGCAUUUGAAAAUCACAUUUGAUUCUUCGAAAGGGCCAACAUAUAAACAUGUUUCAGCGUUCAGUUGCUUUACUAUUUAUUACUGCAGUGCUAUCGGAACCAGAAUGUUCUAGAUUUCACUAUGAGGAACAAACUUUAAACAAAAUGAUUCGACAGGAAAUAGCCAUGGAGAAACUGCAGGCGGAUAUGGCGGCAACUCAGCAGCAAGUGCUUGAUGCCCUGGGAAAGUUGACAGAAACAACUAAGCAGCUUAGUGACGACUGGAAUAAUGAAAAGAUAAAAUUGGAGCAUGUUGCAAAUGUGUCGGCGGAGGAAACCAAUAAGAAUGUUAGAAACUUUGCUGUUGAAAUGGAAAAACUGAAAGGGCCCACAGUCGCAUUCAGAAGUAAGGACCUUGUUGACCUUACACCAAGUUCUGGGGAAACGCUUGUGUUUAAGACGACGACGUUGAACGAAGGUCUCGGGUAUGAUAACAAGAGUGGGAUAUUUACAGCACCAGUAGCGGGAACAUAUACGUUUUCUGUACAGUUUUGUGGGAAAGAUAUGUAUUAUGCAAUAGUUGCGGAUGGUGUUGAUAUAAAGAAAGGAUGGUUCUGUGAUGAGAAAUGGAAUACAUGUUACACUACAGACACUGUUGCCGUACUUCAAAAAGAUUCAAAAGUUAACGUAAAGUGUUCUGCCGGUAGUAGUAUAUUAAGAGCUUCAGGUAACUACUGGAAUACAUUUUCAGGUGUACUGGUGAAAUCAUAAAACUUCAAUUUGAAAAAAAGAACUUUACGCUAACAUGUAUUUUAUGUUUAUAUUCUUGUUUUUUGUUUCUUUCACAUGAUGUUUAUGUUAUUUCAUUUCCGUGGAUUGCACUGUAUAUCACUGGCAUAAAUCAAAUGGCAUUUAAUAAACUAAAUAAAGAAAAUAAUACAUUUUCAGUUCAGUUUGGUGAAGAAUGAAUAUACGCACUUGUUUUUCCUUUUCAGAUAAAUCGUAUAAUAAAUUUAUGACCUUAAUUACAUAUCUGUUCAAUGUAAUAAAUAACAUGAUUCUAAACAAAGAAAUUGAUACACACUAUUGGUAUGGAAAACUGUA